GGGUCACAGGUCUCGGGCCCUCAAGCGGAGCGGCGGGCGCCGGGACCUCCAGGCGGAGAAAGCGACAGGUCUCGGACCCUCAGGCGGAGUGGCGGGCGCCGGACCCCCAGGCGGGAACGACAGGUCUCAGGCCCCAGGCGGGGCGGCGGGCACCGAGUCACCAGGCACAAUCGUGGGCUCCGAGUCAACUGGUAUGACCGCGGGCACUGGGUCAGACAUUGGAUCGUCUGGCUGGACAGCGGGCACUGGGUCACCAGGCAUCAGGUCAUUUGGCUAUCGACAGCGGGCACCGCGUCAUCUGGCAAGGCAGUGGGCUCCGAGUCAACAGGCACGACAGUGAGCACCGGGUCAUCAGGUACCGGAUUGUCUGGCUCGACAGCGGGCAUCGGGUCACCAGGCAUCAGGUCAUUUGGCUCGACAGCGGGCACCGGAUCAGGUACCGGAUCAAAUGGAUCAACAGCGGGCAUUGAGUCAACUGGCCUAAUAGGAUCGUCAGGCUGGAUCAGUUUCAUCAUGCUGGGUAGAGGCAUCAGG